CAAUGAAAAUCAGGCUUCUUCACUCAUUGUAAACGCAGAGUACCUAUUGGUUGAAGCAUAUUGUCAUCCUGUACAUCCCUUAACCAACAAUGAACUCUCUGUACUUAUGUAAAUCCAGCCAGUUGUCAAGUAGGGCCUACAUAAAGCGGAAUCUACCACUAUUGCAGUGCUUGCAAGUUUGGGGAAGUGUUUUGAUCUGAUUUUCCAAGCAGUUGUGCGAUGACUAGCAUGUGGAAGUGUUGUAUGCUUAUACUGGACAAUUCAACUCGCGUUAUAAUGAUUAGUACGAGUACUGCUAGCAUUUGAGUAAUGUCUUCGUUUUUCUCAGAGAGACUUCAUGGACUCGCAUGCUAAGUUAUUUUCCAUAUACUAUUUUUUAUAUCUUUUUAUUUUCCUUCUUCAAGUUAUUGAAUGAGUUGAUGGUAUUGGUAUGCAUUUAAGUGCUGAAUGUUUCAAACAGAAUGUCUUUCUCUGAUAAUUGUCAAAAAUUUCAGCAAGUAAAAUGAAAGAUUUAUCUUGAACAAGGCUGUAAUAAGGAGAAUUGCAAAUCACGUCACAGGUCUACGAUAAACGUUGAACUGACUAAACAUUAAAGUACUUUCUACCAUUGGUAUUCCAUUAAUUCAUGACUUGCACGUUGUUGAAUUCAGGAAGAUAUACUUUGUCAAUAUUAAAAGAUAGAGGCUUUGGUCGAGGGUGAUGGUUGAUGUUAAAUAUGAGCACAACAAUAAUGACUAGUUUCAGUGGUACCUUGGAAUGAUAAGCAACACCUCACUUGUCACUUGAUAGAUUGCACAGGAAGAAAUCGGAGUGAAGUGUUGAUCUUAUGUUUGAAAGUAAUCUUGUUUGUUGCGAUAAUUGUUACGCUAUUGCUGUGAACAAACAGAUUGGCUAAAUUUACAGAGAUUUGAUGAUGCCACACUGUUUUUCCAAUAUGGCGUCGUCGUUGGAUUACACGUAUUGGUAUUACAACUAUAUGCCAUGGGAGGCUAUGUAUACUUGUCGGACAUGUGAAAAGCAAGUUGAUGAUGCAUUUAAGGCGACGCAAGAAACUGCUAUUCAACAAGUCGCUGAUACAGUUGAUGAUGUAGAAAUUCCUCAGGGUCAAGAUCCUCAUAUCAAAGUUAGUGGAAAACCAGAAGACGUAGCAGUUGCCAAAGAUAGAAUCAUGUCGAUACUAGAUACCAAGAGUAAUCGAGUCACAUUGAAGAUGGAUGUAUCCUACAUGGAACAUUCACAUGUGAUCGGGAAAGGCGGCAAUAACAUAAAGUCAGUGAUGCGGAACACUGGCUGUCAUAUCCAUUUUCCGGAUUCUAACCGCGGCAGCCAAGCUGAAAAAAGUAACCAGGUCUCAAUAGCAGGACAACCAUCUGGCGUGGAAAUGGCACGCGCCAAAAUUAGGGAAUUAUUGCCAUUAGUGUUAUCAUUUGAAGUGCCAGUAACCAAUGCGAUGCAGCCAAUUCCAGAUAUUAAUUCACCAAAUAUUCAACUCAUAGUUCAGAGGUACAAUGUGGCAGUCAACUUCAAGCGCGUUCGUGGAUACUCGACGACAAUUACCGUACGAGGUGCCAUUGAUAAUAUCGCUGGCAUCAAAGAAGCAACCGUACGGUUUAUGGAACAUCUUACGGGCAAUGCUGGGGUUGUUCUACCAGUCAGUACUCAGAUAGAAAUAGCACCACAGCACCACUUGUUCAUGAUUGGCAGAGGCGGUGUAAACAUUAAACAAAUUAUGCAGGGCACAGGAGCCACUAUACAUUUUCCCGAUCCUAGCUCGUCGCAAAGGAAGAGUACGGUGUUUGUGUCGGGACCUAUAGAUUCAGUCAUUAUUGCAAGACAUCUGUUAAUGGGUUGUUUACCAUUGGUCUUAAUGUUCGAUAUGAAAGAAGAUAUAGAAGUAGAUUCUACAAAGCUUUCACAGCUGAUGGAAACACUAGACGUGUUUAUCAGCAUCAAGCCCAAACCCAAGCAACCAAGCAAGUCUGUUAUUGUGAAAAGCAUUGAAAGAAAUGCUGGUAAUAUGUACAAGACAAGGAUGAUCUUGUUAGGGCAACAGUGUGAGCAGUGUUCAUCAACUGUGCAUGCUCCACCUCUCAAUGCAAAUGGUUCGGUCUCGACACCAUCCAUUGGGCUCAACAACCUCAGUAUUUUGAGUCAGAAUAUGUUGAGUGUUAAUAGUAACAUUAUGACAUUGAAUGGAAUGGCGGGCACACCGGCACUACCAACCAGCUCGACCCAAAUCGGCAUUGUGACACCAAGCAUCAGUACUUCAGCAGGUGUUUGCAGAACUGUUACCCCUAUGAUCGUUCCACAGUCAAUCAACACUGUCCUUAUAAAUCCUGUAUCCUUAGGGAUGGCGGCGACAACACAUCAUACGCCAUCCCCACCCCCGGGGUUGACCAAGCCCGACCCUUUGAUGGUUUCAAAUCAGUUGGCACAAUUAGAGAUGAGAGAGGGGUUAAGGCUGGAAGAACUGGACCUAAAACAACAAUCAAAUAGUUUGAUAAUGAAUCAAAGUCCAAGCAGUGCAUAUAUACGUGUAGCAACAUCCAGCGAUAUCGGUUGCCAUAGCAACACAAGUACCAGCCCAACAGCAAGUCCAAGAGCUAGCCCAACAGUGCAUCUUCUAGCAUCAUCAGCCUCAUCAAAUAUUACCCUAAACGGCCUCCACCAUCAUGGAAACCCUCUGCAUAACAACAACAACAAUAAAGAUCUGAGGCGGACAGACAAAUAUUCUUCCGAAUCGGGUGGCGAGUCUGACAGUUCAGAUAAACGAGCACCAGGAUGCGAGCGCAAAGAAAGAGAACGUCAGAUCCAGAAAGCUGGAGAGAUGGAGAGUCUUUCACCAUUCCUUCUGAAUUAUGAACAGAAAAAAGUAUUGGCAACAAGAGCCAUGAAGAAAAAGCCAGUGGUUUCUGAGGUGAGGACACCAACAGCUACCUGGAGUGGCCUAGGGUUCUCCAAGUCGAUGCCAGAGUCAGCCAUUCGGGAAUUCCAGAAAACAAAUGGAAUAGCGUAUAAAAAUGGCAAGAAGCUGCCAACUACAUAUGAGACUGGGAGAGAAGAGGAUGGAGAUUGUCAUCUUAAUGACAGUGGUAGCAGCAGUGGUAGUGGGAGCAAUAGCAGUAGCAGUAUGUGGCCUCCAGAUCGGUCAUGCAGCCCCAGGCUGAGUGAUGGACAGACAGCUGUCAUACAACCUGGUUACUCUACAUACAGAAAACAUGAUUUCAGUCAAAGCAAUUACUUUGAUGCAACUUCACUUCCUAGGCCUACAAAAGGCUUAUGGUCCAGUACUGCCAAUACCAGCAUGCAACUGGCUAAUCCUGAGAUGGCUGAACUUUUCAGCAAGCUAGGCCUAGCCAAAUACAUUGACAUUUUUCACCAGCAAGAGAUUGACCUGGCCACAUUCAUGACGUUGACAGAUGGUGAUUUGAAAGAACUCGGAAUAUCCACAUUCGGAGCACGAAGGAAGAUGCUGCUUGCAAUAUCAGAAAUUAAGGAUAGUUUGGAGAAGGUAUCUGGAAACAACCAUUUGAGCAGCUCAUCGUCAUUCCUAAAUACGAGGACAGGAAAGUGGUGAAAGCAACCAAAGGAAAUGUGGUGAAUGAACCAUGGAGAGAGUGGAUCACCAUAAGUACUGUAUGUGGUGAGGAAACAAAGUCAAUUGUAGUAUGUUGCAAUCCUCAAAGAAGUUGAAUGAAAAAACCAAAGUUUUGUGGGAGAGAUUAUUUCUGCAUUUUCACGUAAAGGAAAAGCCUUUGCUAUGGUAUGAACGCCAAAGGACUUGUCAGAUAGCUGGCCCAGUUUCAAGACUACACUGGAGGUGAUUGUGGUCAACUUGGAGGAGAAGCAGCUACCAUGUAUAUGAUAUCUAACUGCAGCUUGCCCAUAGUCUCAUGUUGUAUGAUCGCUGUGACGAAGAGUAACUGAAAUUUCAUGGUGAAUGAUCAGUAAUUACCAUGUACGUGAUCGUCUGAUCAUAAGCGUAAAGUACAAACAUUAAUCGGACCAGCUGGAAGCUUUUGUCUAAACGCAAGUGUAAAUGGUACUUAACAAAAAAACGAAUGGCUGCAUAAUAAGUGUGUGGUUAACUAGAAAAAUCAUUUUAGGCAUGUGUACAGCCAAAGGAGAAUUGAAAUAGACUGAAAAACAUGUUUAUUUUGAAAAGAAAAUUUUAGUUUUUAAGAGAUGUUUGUUGAAAAGAAAAUAGAAAGUAUGUUAUGUAUAAAGGAGUGUCGUUAGCUUACAAGAAUAGUUGAAAGCAUUGAGAGAUUUCUGUAUGAUGGGUAUUUUUUUGAACCAGAAAGUGCGAUUUUUAUAUUUUUUUUUGAGAUUGUCCAUAUUUCUGUCCACAAACUAUUUUUCUACUCCUUUUUAUAAAUUUAGAAAAGAUUGAUUUUUAAUAUAGUGUAAAGAUUGUGUUCUACUGUACCAUGUGUUUACUUGAGUGUAGUUUUAAAUGAUGUUAAUAUACUACUCAAAAAAGCACAUCGGAGCGAAGUUCUAUAAAUUACAUUUAUAACUGGAACACCUUCAUUGAACGUCAGCAAUAAAAUGAGAAAUUUUCAUUUUAACUUAAACUUACAUUUGUUGGUUUUUAUAUAUCACAUAAUUCUUUAUUUUUUUUAGUACAGAUGUGAAUGCUUCACCGUUAACAUACUGCAGUUCCUUCGGUAUAAUCUCUCCCAAAUUGUUUGCCCAACCAAUGAGUAUAGAAAGGCAAAAUAACAGUCCAGUUUGAAAAUUCUCCCUAGUUAUGCCGUGAAAGUCACAAUGGAAGUGCCUCUGCGUAAGAUAUCAACAGCGUUUUUUCUAAAAAUAGAAAUAUUGACGUAAUUAUUACCCGCUAUAAAGGAAUUGCCUGCUAUAAAGGAAUUGUAUUUUGUGGAAAACAGAUGAACUAACCAUGCUGGGUACCACUGGGUAACUGAUAAAGAUAACCAGAAGUAGAGGACAUCCUCAUUCAUUUCAGAGUUGAAAAUUCUACAUUCUGAAUGUAAAUAUGAGAUAUAUGUAGUGUUGGUUUAAGCAAGUGAUUGUCUCUGAGGCCUGGGCUAGACAUGUCGAGCCUAGCUAUAAAGGUCUGCCAGUUCAGUUGCUUUUUUUUCUGGUUCUCUAGCCCAUUCUAAUCUCUACAGAUGUUUAUGUUCAAAGGGUGUAAGCUUACUAUACCAAGGAACUACAGUAGUUAACUUAAGUAUGUGAUCGUUUAUUACCGACUAAGUUGUUACUCAAAGUGUUUUUCGAAGUGAUAAUUAUGUUGGUGAUAAAAUCAGGUGAAGUUACAACUAGAUACAGUAGUACAAAGCUGCAAUUAAAAUGCUGCAAUGAAUGGAAUAAUGAGAUUGCCAGUGAGCAAUGACAAUAAUUCUGCUGAAUUUAAUUGAAUUAAAUUGAUAAAAAUUGAAUUGAUUCAGUGAUUAAUUGAAUUAUCACAACACCUUGUAAAAAUUGUGCCUUGAGAGAAAUAGUAAUAACCUCUAAAUAUAGACUUUGUAUAAUUAUAUUCCUCUCCGUUUAUCAUAUUUUGUAGUUUAGAUGUAUAUUUUAAUUUAACUACUGUAUUUAAGACUCUAACCAGUUGCUGUCUUGGGGGUCUGCUGGUAGAUUUUUUGUAAAGUCAAGAGGUCAUUCCAGUGACCUUGUUGACAAAUCUCAAGUCCAAUGUGCAUUUGAGAAAUUAUUGUAUCACCCUCAAUAAAUCUAUUAUUUAGGAGCAUUUUGCACAUACGUUAUUAUUUAAUUUUUUUUUCUGAUUAAAUUAACUUAUGCAUUUUAUUUCCAAUAUAUCACUGGGUGCUCUUAUACUGUGCCAAAUUUUGUACUUUUACCUCAAUUUUGUUGGCAUGCUAAAAUCAUAGAUGACAAGAUUGAACAACACAGGGCAGGAUUAUUGGAGUGCUCAUGAUCAAUUUCAUUUCUAUGAAAGAAAUAAUUAUUUACACGUUCUAAUUUUUCAUUUAGGUUGGACAAAUUGUGUUUGAGGCAUUGUUGACAAGAUUACAUUUCCAAAUAUGGUAGGAAAUGGAUACCAUAGACAAAAUUAUGUUCAAAACAUUAUUUGACCUGAUUUUCAACAUUGAUUUAAUUUUCAUACUAAUGGAAUGGUAGUUUUGUUAAAUUUAUUACCAUACUGCAAAUUUAGGCCAGGGUUUAUUAAAAAAUACCUCAAAGCAGCCUAUAAUGGCUAAACCUCAUGUACAACUUUAUAUUUUAUAGAACCAAAACUAAUCCAUUGUUAUUGCAUGCGGAUGCUAAAUUUGCAUAUUGCUCCUCUGUAAUCAUGAAUAAUUUUUGUAGGCCAGUGAGCAUGAAUAAGGGAUCGUUCAACUUUAUCAGCAUUUUCACAAGUGUACAAACAAUACUCCUAGGGGGAGGGAGUGGACAAAUUUGUACACUUUCACAUUCAUGAAAAUGUUGAUUCAAAAUAACAUGCAGUAUGUAAAAAUGGUAAAAUUAUAAUGUAACCAUGGAUAUAAUAUUCAUUUUUAAGCAACCAAGUACAUUGCUUUACAAAAAAAUGGAGUGUUUUGCAAAAUCAACAUUUUUUUCACAUUUUCAGAGGAGAGGGAGGGGGUCCUGAAAAAGCGUACUGUUUGAACACUUGAAAUGCUGAUAAUUGUGAAUGACCCCUAAUUAAUCAGGAUGUUACUUAUAAAUAAUUAUUAGACUGAUUGCUCAUCCAUAUUCUUAAAGCGUAAAAGUGAGCAUGCUUAAUUAGCAUAUUGCUCACAGAUAAUCAUUGGACUAGAAUGAGCAUAGGUAAUUAAUUAGUAUAUUGCUGAUAAACAACCAUUGGACUGAAUAGUGGAUGAAAUAUUAACAUAUUGUUCAUCCAUAUUCAUUAAGUACUAAAAUGACAUAGGUAAUUAGCAUAUUGCUAAUAAACAACCAUUGGACUGAAUACUGGAUGAAAUAUUAGCAUAUUGCUCAUCCAUUAUUAUGACAGUCAAUAUAUUAGGUGUGUCUAAAUGUAUAAUCAACAUUUAAUGUCUAGUGCAUACAUGUUGAUACAUUUUAUGUGUUAGACAAUAUUAGCCUAGAGCUGGUAGAUUUUGUGGUCCAAGUAAACAAGUGGUUUUAUUGACACCCUCCUUUUUAAGUGGUAUAGUCCUUUGGUAGAGGGAUAAAUUAUUUUUAUUUUCUGUAUUAGAGAGAAAUUUUGUUUUUUUUUGUUCAGUUGCAAUAAUGUCAUACUUUACUAGGAAUAUGAUUGUGAAAUUAUAUAAUGCCUUGAAGACAAAAGUGAAAAGUAAAGCCUUGAAGUGUUGAAAACAUUUAUGCACAACAUUAUGCAUUUAAUUGAUAUGCAUUUUCUGAUCAUGAAUAAGCAUUUUUGAAUAAUGAAUAUGCAUUAAACUCCACAAAUACCGUCCAAUUUCAGAAUAACAUUUGUAGUGGCUAAUCUGUUUACAUAUUGUAUCAAAGAUAUUAGAAUCUAUUUUUAACUGUACCAUUGCCUUAAUAGCCGAGCAAAUGUAAUUAGGAAGGACGAAUAAUUGUACUGAACUCGGCAAAGUAGAGCAUUUUACUUUGCGAGUAAAUUAAAUUCAUGUUUGUAGGGUGAUUGAUUGGUAGUUAAUGUGGGCGUUUGAAAAUGUCAAACACAUGCUAUGUUUCAUAUAAUUUGUCAUCCUAAUUGAUGUUUGAAUUUACAAAAACAUUCUUUUAGAAAAACAAAAAAGUGACCAUUUAGGGAAAUAUAGUGUUUCUUUUAUCAGUUGAUAAUUUUAUAAUGCUUUCCACAUUUCUUUUGAGUAAUGUUAAUAUGUAAAUUAUAUGUAAAUAAGGCUGUAAAUGAUGUUUGCCAAGAACAUAGGUUGACAUUCAUUAUUAACAUUGAAUUUUUUAAGUCCUAAAGUUAUUUGUAUAUAUUAUGGAAAGUUGGCAUGAGAGGAAGAUAAGAUAAGCGCACUAAAUAUGAUGGGCAAUAUGAAACGGAAUGAAUAGUAUGCAAACAUGUUUAAGACGUAUAUCAACUUAUUAAGUGAUAUUCCCCUCAAAAUGAGUCAUGUUGCAACUUGUGAUAAUAGCCAUAAUAGAUUGGGUCCAAAGUUUUUUUGUGUAGUUAUUUACUUUAUUUAUUUACUUUUUUUUUUAACUUAAAUACACUAAUUUCUAUGUUAAUUUUUAUGUCCUUUCUAAAUGGGCAAGUUAAUUUCAAAAAUUAUUUCUUUUUUGAUUUUUUUCAUGGGACAUUACAUCUCUGAAACUUUUUUAAAGCUGUAUCUUCAUUACAUUUGUUGUUAAGUGCAAAACCGUUUAAAUUGCAACGAAAUAUUUAUAAUACUGAAUGUUUUUGGCAACAUCACAUUUUGGAUAAAAGUCAUUUUGUGCUGGUUGUCACACAAUUCAUAUUAUUCAUCAGAUGUGAAUGAUGUCAUAUUAAAUUGUUUUCCUUUGUAAAAAAUUAUGAUAUUUAAAUGGAGACAUCCAUGGGACAAAGUUUUAUGUUUAAAUUAAAAUACAGUAAUGUACUUUAAUAAGUUUGACAUGAAAACAAAUUUGUCAGUAACAGAAAGUGAUUUUAAGAACAGAAUUUUUUAUUUUUAUGAAACGUACAGUAUUUACAUAUCAAAUGUGGAUAGACAAUGUUGUAGGAGUAAUAUUGAUAUUUAAUACUGUAUUUAAAUUAUCAUUUACCAUGCUUUUCAAAGCUGUGUACAUUGGUAUAGUAAAUGAUCAAGAAGAAUGUUCUUAUAAUUAAUUUAAAUAUAAUUAUAAGCAAUAACAAUUUUUUUUUUUAAAUAUCUUACCAUUAUGUUCAGUACAGUAAUAUUCAGCAAAUAAUAUUUAAAUAUAAUUGAGCCCAAGAAUUGUUUUAGGUAAAGUAGGAUUGGGAUAACUAGUGGUGGUGGCGGCAGUGGGAGCUUAUCUUUGAUCCCUUGUGUUUAAAUGUCACUUGAGGUUUACUAAGACUAAUUAUUGGCUGAUAGAGCCAGUUAUUGCGAUUGCAGAUCCAAAUAUUGUGGUCUAAAGCACAAUGAAUUUUUGACAUCCUAAAACCAUGAAACUCACCCCCGGAAGCUUUGCUCUGGGGCAUUUGUCAGAAGAUUACUGCAGUCACCACUGGAAAAACCUAAUCGAAAUCAGACAAUCAUUACUAUAUUUGUAAACUCCAAACAUCUUUUUUUGUUUGAAAUAUAUACAGUGUUUGAAAUAUAUACAGUGUUGCAAUGACGAUAUUUUUUGUUUUAUGUUGUUGCAUUUGUCUGACACCGACUGUGAUAUUGGUGUGCUUUUUGAUAUAACUAUAUAAACAUAUUUGAGGAGGAUGUUUUGUUGCUUUGUCUGGAAAUGUAAACAAAUAAAAUAUUAAGAAAAUAUUAAAUUGUGUUAAUUUUAAUUUAACAUAUUUUCACUGA